UAUACUGUCGACCUUGUAUUGACAACCUUGACUUCGAUUAGAUUUCGACAUCGCUCUUGUUCCAGCCCUACAUUUACAUGAACUCCCGAGAAAAGCACACAGAGAGCAGCCCCAAUAAAUUUCUCCCGUCUUUUAUUCUCUUUGCGUGUUCUCUUCAAAGACGCCAAUUACUCAGCAACCAAUCUGCUCAAUGCAAACCCACUUGAGAAUUUUCAGUGCAGAUCACUCCCUCAACUAAAGAUUGAAACUUGAGCCAGUUGAUUCAAAGAACAUUAACAAAAUCGCUACUUUUAUAUUUCUCAAUUGCACCCCCCACUGAAUUCAUUGAUCGAUUCUUAAAGAUGUCAAGCUCGCAGGUCACCAAGCGAACCAAGUACAAGACCUCCGUCAAAGACCCCGGCUCCCCCGGUGUUCUUAGAAUGAAUGAGCAGAAAUUAAUGUUCAUGCCUGAUAAUCGUAACACUGGUACUAAGUUGGUUGUUGAGUUCAAGUCGAUUCAAGGUCAUAAAUAUACUAAGGAAGGAUCAAACAAGCCGCCAUUGAUUAAUUUAUCCAAUGUUCAGGGGGGAAGCUACAUUUUUGAGUUUGAUAGUUAUGCUGAUCUCCAUGUUUGCCGAGAUUUUGUGGGCAAAGUCCUUGAGAAGUCCAGAGAGACUUCAAGCACUGCUACUGAAAAAGCUCCUGUUACAUUAGCUGAUGAACAACUUAGCACAGCAGAAAUGCAGCUUCGAAUUAAGCUCUUGCAAGAGGAUAAUGAGUUGCAGAAACUUCAUCAGCAAUUUGUUGGUGGUAAUAUCUUCACAGAAGCUGAAUUUUGGGCAACAAGGAAGAAGUUGCUGAAUAGAGACUCCAGCGAGAAGUCAAAACAACGGGUUGGUUUUAAAAGUGUCAUGAUUUCAGACAUAAGACCAUUGACUGAUGGGCGGACAAACAAAGUUACAUUUAGUUUGACGCCGGAGAUCAUUUUACAGAUUUUUUCGGAGAAACCAGCUGUUCAUCGGGCGUAUUUAAAUUUUGUUCCCAAAAAGAUGACAGAAGUGGAAUUCUGGACUAAGUACUGUAGAGCAGAAUACCUCAACCGUACGAAAAAUGUUCAUGCUGUUGCAGCAGAAGCUGCUGAAGAUGAGGAGCUUGCUGUAUUUCUUAAGGAAGAUGAUAUAUUGGCAAGGGAAGUUCGUAAGAAGAUUAGACUGGUUGAUCCAACCUUAGACAUGGAAGCUGAUGAAGGGGAUGAUUACACCCAUCUGCCUGAUCAUGGGCUUUUACGUGAUGGUAGCAAGGAAUUAAAUGAAUCUCAAAAUGAAUUUUAUAGAAGGACUCUACUGCAAGACCUUAAUCGGCAUGCUGCCGUUGUUCUUGAAGGAAGAACUGUGGAUGUUGAAAGGGAAGACAACACAAAGGCUGUAGCAGAGGCACUUGCACGAUUAAAGCAGGGCAAGGAAGGAGCUGUUGGAAACGAGAAUGAGGAUAGAGUAGAUAGAAUCUCUCGGGUGACACCAAUUGAGGAUCUCCAACCACCAGAUAAUCUUCCUGUAGCCCCACUUAGCAUUAAGGAUGCUUGGGAGUACUUUGAUUCUCAACAAGUUAAUGCACUAAAAGCCUCCAGAGAUGCAUCAGCAAGGAUGGAAUCACAAAGCUGCAACACCCGGGAAGCAUAUGCUUCUAUGAGAAAUGCUAUUUCUGAGAUUAAAGAAAAUGGACUAACUGAUCCAAUAGUUACUUCUGAUGUUGCUGUUAAGGUUUUUAAUGGGUUGACUCACAAUAUCUCUAGCAUCAAAUAUCAUCUUGGGAAGAAUCCUCGGGAGAGUGUUCUAGAUAGAUUGCCAGAUAUAACUAGAGAGAAACUUCUAUUUCAUUGGACAACUAUUCAAGAAUUACUGAGGCAUUUUUGGUCUUCAUAUCCAAUCACCACUCCUUAUCUUUAUACUAAGGUAACCAGAUUGAAGGAUGCCAUGUCAAAUAUCUAUCCACAGCUAGAGGAUUUAUGGAUUUAUGAAGGACCUCAAUAUUUCUCACAUAAUCAAAUUCCAGGAAUUGAAGGAAUCUUUGCAGUCAGAUCUGCGCCACCAGGUUUCCCUCCUUGUUCGUCCGAUGCAACAGGCUUUAGAUGCUGCAAUUCAACAUCACGAUGCAGACAUGCAGAAGAGAUCAGCAAAGAGUGGAGAGAAACCUAAUGGAUAUACCUAGAGGAGGAAUUUAGUAUCACUACUCUGCAAGCACAAUUCUGUGAAAUUUUUAGCUGCUUCCACCUGAUAUCAUCUAUCUAUGUACAAAUGUGCAUUGAAUCAAUUUUGUUGUGAGCUUACGCAAGAUUAUCGGCAAUGUUUCAAUCCUUUGUAGAAAUGCACUCACAAAUUCAUCAGGUGGUAGCCAUGCUUAUGCUAUUCAUGUCCACGGCCUGAGAGAGCAUCAGCAGGCUGCAGAAUCAAAAUUUUAAUGUUAAAAAGUACCCAUUUAACUGAGCAUGUUAUGUUGUGGACAUUCGGAAGUCCUGAAGUUUUGACUCAAGAACAAUUUAUAAUGUUUAUGAGUCAUAAAAUCUUGUCUGUUCUCAUAAA